CCCUGAACGGUUGCGCAUGGCACGCAUUUGCCGGUUGCACACGCUCGCCAAGCCGCUCGGAACCAAAGCUUGGUCGCAGUGGGGCACGAUCGAUAAAUUCGAAGCCGCGACGUGGUACCGGCAAGUAAGCAUUCCGUCGUUAUAUCUGACAGUCGAAGCCAGCCGAAGCGACCAGCCAAGAUGCCGGGACCAGGAUGCGACAAGUGCAAAGACAAGUGCAAGGACUGCAAGUGCGGUGACAGCUGCUCGUGCUGCGAUUCCGGAUGCAAAGAUAAAUGCGGCUGCAAGACGGGCGGACAGUGCUCGUGCAAGCCUUGCACCUGUUAAUUAGUAACCAUGACGAAAGCAUCCUUUAAUCUAUACCAACGUUGAUAAUAGGCCCGCAAUGCGAUCGAGCAGAUCCAACAUAUGGACAACAUCCGGUGUAUCUUAUUAUCGUUAAAGCGAAAUUCCAUGCUUAAUGAAACUUAGAAAAACCAGCCAUGUAAUGCAACGUUUUAUCUUGCUGCCAGAAAUGGCCAACUAAGCUAAUAAAAUUCGUAGAAUUUA